UGCGUAAAUAAGAAUUCGUUUGCAUUUUUUUUUUCCUUAAAACUCGAAUGCAUUUUUGCACGUCCCAAUGAUUGCCGCCACCGCCGAUUCAUUCGAAAUAGAAAAGGCCAAGCUGUGCCGCAAGAUUGCGGAGCUGCAGGCGGCAUUGAAUGCGAAAGAUCAGAAAUUGCGUGAGCUUCAGCUGGCAGCAGAUAACUGGCUCGCGGAAGGUGAAGUGCAGUUCGCGCCAAGGGAUCAAUACACAGAGCUAAGCAACGAUGAUAUAGCACGCUACAGUCGUCAGCUGAUCCUAACUGAUUUUGGUGUAAAUGGCCAGCUGAAGCUCAAGAACAGCGCCGUGCUCAUUGUGGGAUUGGGUGGCCUUGGCUGCCCAGCUGCGCAAUAUCUGGCCAGCGCGGGAUGCGGAAAUCUAGGCCUGGUCGACUAUGACCAAGUGGAGCCCAGCAAUCUGCAUCGUCAGACCCUGCACACGGUAUCGCGGUGUGGCAUUUCGAAAGCGGAAUCAGCUCGCAUCGCAUUGCUGGAGCUGAAUCCGCACUGCCGGAUCAUAUGUUUUUCGGAUCUUCUAAACAGCCUCAAUGCGAUGCAGAUCAUCCCCGCAUAUGACGUAGUCCUCGACUGCAGUGACAAUGUGGCCACACGCUAUCUACUGAACGAUGCCUGCUCCAUGCUACAGAAGCCCCUGAUCUCGGGCAGCGCACUUAAAAUGGAUGGACAGCUAACGGUUUACUGCUAUGGAGAGAAUGGACCCUGCUAUCGUUGCAUUUAUCCGGUGCCACCGCCGCCAGAGGCAGUCACCAAUUGCGGCGAUGGUGGCGUCCUGGGUGCUGUCACCGGCACCAUAGGCGCCCUGCAAGCCAUGGAGGCUAUCAAAGUGAUUGUCGGACUGGGUGACGUUCUGGCCGGGCGCAUGCUCAUCUUUGACGGCAGCAGCUGCCAAUUCCGUAAUAUCAAGAUCCGAGGCAAGCGACCCAAUUGUCAUGUCUGCUCCUCCCAGCCACUGAUCACCGGACUCAUUGACUACGAGCUCUUCUGUGGCAUGAAUGCCAAUGACAAGGACAACGCGUUGCAGCUGCUGGAGCCGGAGCAGCGCAUCAACGUGCUGGACUAUCAUAAACUGGCUAGCCAGAAGAAAUCUCAUUUGUUACUGGACGUACGUCCGCCGGCGGAAUUUGAAAUUUGUCAAUUACCCGGCGCCGUAAAUGUCCCUUUGGCCCAGAUUCUAGACGGCAGCUACGUCCAACGAUUUGCCCAGCAGCUUGAGAGCAAAGAUUAUCCCAUAUUUGUGGUUUGCCGGCGUGGGAAUGAUUCACAGAUUGCAGUGCAGCAUAUGAAAACUCGUUUUCCCGAGCAUUCCAUACGCGACCUGGAGGAUGGCAUGCAUGCCUGGACAAAACUGGUAGACCAGAAUUUUCCAAUUUACUAGAUCAAACAGUUUUCUUGUUGCAUAGGUACAUAUACAUA